AACAUAGCCUACCAACAGAUAAAAUGGCGUCCGAAAACAACCCUGAAUUCCAAGAUGAGAAAACAGCUUUUAUAGAGAAGGACCCAGAACAAGAUGUGCAUCAGGAAUGCGAUACAGUCGCAAAACAAAGCGAAUCUAAAUUAACGCUUUACCACUGGACGCAGUCUUUCAAUUCUCAGAAGGUGCGUCUGGCCAUAGCAGAGAAAGGUUUGCACUGUGAGGAGUAUGAUGUGAGCCUACCGCUCAGUGAGCACAACGAGCCCUGGUUCAUGCAUCUGAACCCCACUGGGGAGGUGCCAGUACUAAUCCACAAUGAAAACAUUGUCUGUGACCCAACACAGAUCAUGGACUACCUGGAGCAGAGUUUUAAUGAGGGCACUCCCAAGCUGAUCCCUGAAGAGGGAAGUACAUACUAUCACAGAGUUCAGCACUACAGAGAGCUGCUGGACUCACUACAGAUGGAUGCCUACACCCAUGGCUGCAUCCUCCACCCGGAGAUCACUGUGGACUCCCACAUACCAGCGUAUGCCGCCACAUGUAUACGAACACAGAUCGGAAACACACAGUCUGAGCUAAAGAAACUGGCAGAGCAGAACCCAGAGCUUAAAGAUGCUUAUAUAGCAAAACAGAGGCGCUUGAAAUCCAAGUUGUAUGACCAUGACAACAUGAAGUACCUGAAGAAGCUUCUGGACGAACUGGAAAGUGUGAUGGACCAGGUCGAGACAGAGCUACAGAGGAGGGUGGAAGAAACACCAGAAGAAGGCAGUCAGUCCUGGCUGUGUGGGGAUUUCUUCAGCAUGGCUGACGUCUCUCUGGCAGUCACCUUACACCGCCUCAAGUUCCUUGGCCUCUCCCGCCGCUUCUGGGGCAACGGUAACCGUGUGAACCUGGAGACAUACUACGAGCGUGUGGUGGAGCGCCCGGCCUUUAGGAGAGUGCUGGGCCAUGUCAACAACAUCCUGAUCUCCGCUGUCCUUCCUGUGGCGUUUCGCGUGGCCAAGAAGAAUGCACCGGUUAUUCUUGGCACCACUCUGUUGAUAGGCAUUCUAGGAGGAGCUACAUACUUUGCUUUUCUUUACCUGAAGAAGAGGCUGACUGUUGUCAUCUAGGGGAGCCAACAAAUGUUUGAGUUGCUUAUGGACUGGGAGGUAGAUAAACGCAGAAAAAUAUGACAUGUGUCGCCUACAUCAUAAUUUAAAAUUACACAGAGGGAUUUGAUCAUUUGGCAGACAUUAAUACUAUGUUAUUGAAACAAACCUUAAUUGUCUUGUUUUCUGUACUGCUGGUUGCACAAAAUGCACUUUUAGUUACCCUCAAUACGUGACUGCUGCAUUACAAGCCAAAGGAUCCUACUUGUAGUUUUACAUGUUUUUGCCAUUUCUUAUCAAUCACUUGUGUGGCUUUGUAGCUCUGCAUAUUAAGAGUCAGCUUCCAAACAGCAUUGUAUUCACAAGCUAUGCUAUGGAAGCAGGUAUGAAUGGCAGGUAUUAGAGGUCAAAAGAUGAAAAGAAUGAAAGUUGCUUGACUAUCUUUUAGCUGGGCAGCUUAUUUUUACGGUCCAUAUAAUAAAAAAGAUAAGAUAGAACCCGAUUUAUCCCGAGGGAAAUUGUUGUGCAGCAGUUGAAGAAAAAAAAAGUAUACAAGAGAGCAAAUAUAUUAUAUGAAAAAUAUAUAAGUAACAAAAUAUAUAAAACAUAUAUUUAAAAACAUAGCACAUGAAUGUACCAUUCCUCUUAAAAAAAAUUUAAAAUACAUGUCCAAAAACUUUUUGACACAAAUAUACUGUACAAGUGGAUUAUCAUACUGUACUGUAAUGUGUCAGUACUAGCAUAAGGCAUACCUGGUUUAUAGUAAAUGCAUGGUCAGACAUCUUCAUGUGAACCUAAAUCACUAUUAAGAGCCUAAUAUGUGCUUUGUCGUUUAUUAUUUUAUUGUCGUCCAUAUUUGCAUGUUAGAAAUUUUAAAUACUGCACUAGAAGUCCACUGCUGCUUUCUGUGACCAAGUCUGCCAACAUUUAACAAACUGAUCAGCCCAUCGAAACGUGCGUCUACAUUUAACAAAGGAUCUGUAGGAACUUCUUGUUAUCACACAUGCACUCAUGUUUUACCGUAUGACUGCUGGAUAAUUGUUUGAAAUAUUCUUUAUGUAACAAUAGUGGAAUGGAUGCUUUUCAAAUCUCAUUUAUAUCUUCUUUAGACAGUUAUAUUCAACAUCUGUGUGAAAUUAAACUGCUUCCAAACAAUC